AUGAAUGAGCUAUUGGGAUAGAAAAGAAUUUUUAAAACUAUCAAAUUACAUUUGAGUAUUUCUUAUUGGAGUAGAAUAAUUCUAGAAAUUGUUCAAUAGAUAAUAAUAGCAAUAAAUCAUUUUAAACAGAAUAAUCAUCAAUAUAAUCAGGUUGCCUAGAGUAAUUCUGGUGUUUAUUUUAAGAAAUUUAUUAUGCCAAAAAGUAAUAAUACAAAUACUAUCUCUAAUAACUCUAAUUAUAAAGUAAUUACAAAUAUAAAUUUUGGUUAUUGUAAAAAUAGAGAAAAUUUUAUUCCUAAGUUUUUCAUUCCAUAUAAUUCGGAUUGGUUUCGUGAGAGAAUAAUGAAAUUUAAGAAAAAAAAUACUCGAUAUAUUUCUAUGAGAGGGAAACAGCAGAUAGACUUAAACUUGAAUGUGAUUUCUAUUUUAUAAACUGUACAUCUCCUUUCACUCAUAAUAAUAUCUAAUAUCAAUCUCCCAAUUAUUUUUUAAUAAUCUCUACUUAGGUAGACUAACUUAAAUCCUAACUUAAUUAAGAUCAGUCUAAAUCUUCUAUAAUUAAUUCAAAUCUUACAUAAAAUAUUACUUCUGCUUGAAAAAUAUAUACUAUUAAUACAUAUUCUAUUUCAUUUUCUAUACCACCUUAUAGUAUAAAGUGUAACCCUUUUUAUUAAAUGCAAAAUCAUUCAGUUCUCUAAUUUAUAUUAUGCGAAUUUAUCUCAUUAUUAGAUUUCCUGUAAAUAUUAUAACUUUCAACAUAUUCAUCGAAGUAAGGUUGUUAUUUUUGUAUAGCCCAUUCCAUUAUUAUCUUUCCAAAAGUUUCCUGGUGAAUCUGAAUAUUUCUAUUUUUUUUUUGAGUAGUUUUUAUUACAUUUACUCAAGCUUCUAAUAGUGCUACGUUUUGUUCACUAGAGACUUAAUCUCUGA